AUGACUGAUAGCGACGAUGACGGCUACGACGACGGCCCAAUGGGCCUCAACCUGACCGGCUUCCUAUUCGGAAACAUCGACGAAUCCGGCAAUCUGGAAAACGAUGUGUUCGAUUUAGAAACCCAGAGGCAACUGGCCUCUUUGGGAAGACUGGCGUUUGGCUCAAUCCUAAAAGAAGUAAUUGGCGAAGAGAAAAUCCAAGAUACAGAAAGCGAUAGUGGAUCGCAAUUGCAAGACAAUGAUUCUGAAUCGUAUUUUUCUCAAACUUAUGAUCAGAAGUCCCCAACAGCCGAAGAUUUCUUCGACAUUAAUGAAACCGCAGACGAUGAAGACUACGAUGCCGACGACGAAACUCGAAAUGAUAAAAGCCUGAUGCCACCGCCUCCUUUGCCUUCAACUUCAUCACCAGAAAACGCUGUAGUUGAAAAACGCAAGCUUGAAACUCCCCUAGCAGCAAUGCUGCCUUCCAAAUACGCCAACGUCGACGUUACAGUACUUUUUCCCGAUUUCAGACACGGAAAAGUGCUGAGAUUUUCACGCCUAUUCGGUCCGGGCAAGCCAAACAGUUUGCCCAACAUUUGGAAAAACGUCAGAAAAAAACGUCGGAAGCGAAAACAAAAAGAAAAUCAACCCGAAUCUGAUUCUUCAGACGAAGAAAAACCUAAAAACAGAGGCUGGUUUUUUGACUAUGCCAAUAAUGUACCUCCUGAAGGAAUUAAGAGCGACGAUGAAGAAAAAUUCCUCAAACCAGCCGAACAACAAAACGAAUCCAGCAAGGAAGACUUGGAGAAAAAGGACGAGUCGGGCCCCAAAGCUGCAGACUGGCGUUUCGGGCCCGCUCAAAUCUGGUACGACAUGUUGGAAGUCCCAGAAACUGGAGACGGAUUCAAUUACGGCUUUAAAAAUAGCGAAGAAUCAAUCAAAGUACAGUCGCCUAAGAGAGAAGAACCAGCUAAAGAGGAACCAUAUCCUGAUGAUGCUUUUUUGAUGGUCACCCAACUACAUUGGGAGGAUGAUGUUGUGUGGGAUGGAAAUGACAUCAAACAUAAGGUCAUGCAAAAAUUGAACAGCAAAACGAAUGCAGCGGGUUGGGUACCGAGUAGCGGCAAUAGGACAGCUCAAGCUUUCAGUCAACCGGGCAAAGUGGGUACCAGUAAUAUUCGGAUGCCGCCAACUCCCAGUCCUACAGUGAUCAAAUCCAAAAAGGACAUUAUUCCACCGAAACCCUUGAGAGUGGAACCGGAACAAGACGACACUUGGUACUCGAUUUUUCCAGUAGAAAACGAAGAUUUGGUUUAUGGUAGAUGGGAAGAUGACGUAAUUUGGGACACUGAAAACAUGAAGAACAUCCCGAAACCGUCGAUUCUAACGCUGGAUCCUAAUGAUGAAAACAUCAUUUUGGGUAUUCCAGACGAUAUUGAUCCUUCUAAGCAAAUAGCGGGGCAACCGACGCCGGUUAAAGUAAAAAUACCGCACCCGCACGUUAAAAAAUCAAAAAUCCUACUAGGCAAAGCUGGCGUUAUUAACGUGCUUCAAGAAGACACACCACCGCCUCCUCCUAAAUCUCCAGACCGUGACCCUUUUAACAUUUCCAAUGAUAUCUAUUAUCAACCAAGAACAUCCGAAUCUACCAUGCGGCUUAAAGUAGGUGGAGCAAAUCUGAUCCAACAUUCCACUCCAGUAGUGGAACUGCGUGCUCCAUUUGUCCAAACCCACAUGGGCCCUACGCGCCUUAGAAACUUCCAUAGACCAGCCCUAAAACGAUUUUCGCACGGUCCUUUAGCUUUUCCAGGACCUCACCCUGCUCUCCCAUUAGUAAAGCACAUCAAGAAAAAAGCCAAAGUCCGAGAACAAGAACGUAUGGCUUCAGGCGGUGGAGACGUUUUCUUCAUGCGAACAGCCGAAGAUCUUACUGGAAGAGACGGCGACAUUAUUUUGGUUGAAUUUUGCGAAGAGCAUCCGCCUCUUAUGAACCAAGUGGGCAUGUGCUCCAAAAUCAAAAACUACUACAAAAGAAAAGCAGCUAAAGACUCAAACCCUCCCACUUAUAAGUAUGGUGAAACCGCAUACGCACACACUUCGCCGUUUUUAGGCAUUCUCUUACCAGGCCAGUCAAUACAAACUGUGGAAAACAACAUGUACCGAGCGCCCAUUUACAAUCACCAAAUACCUUCUACAGAUUUCUUGGUCAUAAGAACCAGACAGCAAUAUUACAUAAGGGAAAUCGACUCUUUAUUUGUAGCAGGUCAAGAAUGUCCCUUGUACGAAGUCCCUGGCCCCAAUUCCAAAAGAGCCAAUAAUUUCGUCAGAGAUUUUUUGCAAGUGUUCAUCUACCGCUUGUUCUGGAAAAGUCGCGACAAUCCGAGACGUAUAAAAAUGGACGACAUCAAACGCGCAUUUCCUUCCCAUUCAGAAAGCAGCAUAAGAAAACGUCUAAAACUGUGCGCAGACUUCAAACGAACAGGCAUGGACUCUAACUGGUGGGUCAUCAAACCCGAAUUCCGGCUACCCACUGAAGAAGAAAUUCGCGCCAUGGUUUCGCCUGAACAAUGCUGCGCUUACUUUAGCAUGGUGGCCGCCGAGCAAAGGCUCAAGGACGCCGGCUACGGGGAAAAAUUCAUUUUGACCGCGGCGGAAGACGACGACGAAGAAAUGCAACUGAAAAUGGACGACGAAGUCAAAGUGGCGCCUUGGAAUACGACCAGAGCGUACAUUCAAGCCAUGAAAGGCAAAUGUUUGUUGCAACUUACUGGACCUGCUGAUCCUACGGGAUGUGGGGAGGGGUUUAGUUAUGUUAGGGUUCCUAAUAAACCUACGCAGAGCAAGGAGGAGCAAGAGUCGCAACCUAAAAGAACUGUUACAGGUACUGACGCUGAUUUAAGAAGACUGUCGCUGAACAACGCCAAAGCCCUUUUACGUAAAUUCGGCGUUCCAGAAGAAGAAAUCAAAAAACUGUCCCGUUGGGAAGUAAUCGACGUGGUGCGAACGCUGUCAACGGAAAAAGCCAAAGCUGGCGAAGAAGGCAUGGACAAAUUCUCGAGAGGAAACCGAUUCUCAAUAGCCGAACACCAAGAAAGAUACAAAGAAGAAUGCCAGAGGAUUUUCGAUUUGCAAAAUCGGGUCUUGGCAAGUGCGGAAGUGCUCAGUACGGACGAGGGUGAAAGCUCAGAAGACGAGAGCGACGAAGACAUUGAAGAGAUGGGCAAAAACAUCGAAAACAUGUUGGCCAAUAAGAAGACCAGCACUCAGUUGUCGUUGGAACGCGAAGAACAAGAACGUCAAGAAUUAAGAAAAAUGAUAAUGGAAGGCGAUAAGGAGCGCAAAGAAAAAAAGAAAGAAGAAGACGAAAGCCAGGAACAAGUAAACUACCCAAACCCAAAAGUCUUGAAAAUAAUCCGCACCUAUAAAAACGCUGAAGGCAAAGAGUACACUCGUUUGGAGUACGUCAGAAAGCCAGGCAUUAUCGACGUCUAUGUAAAAAUCCGCACCACGAAAGACGAAAACUUUAUCCGACAAUUUGCUACCAUAGACGAACUGCAAAAGGAAGAAAUGAAAAGGGAGAAACGUCGUAUCCAAGAGCAAUUGCGCCGCAUCAAACGCAACCAGGAAAAAGAGAGGCUCGGAAUUGGCCAUCAACAUCAUUCCUCCCACCGUGCUCAGACCCCCAACGUACCUGUGGAAAAACUACCCAAUCCGGCACACCAUCAAAGCUCUUCAUCGACAACCUCCACUCCGCCCACUCCUACCAAAGCUAUCAAGCAGGAAAGUCCACCCAAAUCCCGAAGAAAAACCAAACUUAAGCCUGAUUUGAAGCUUAAGUGUGGAGCUUGCGGACAGGUUGGACAUAUGAGAACCAAUAAAGCUUGUCCUUUGUAUCAGAAUAUAGGUGCAAAUUUAGGUAGUAUAGGUGGUAUUACAACCCCAAUGAACGUAUCCCAUUCAGAUGAACAAGAAGAAGAAACCGAUAAGCAAUUAAACACAGACGACGAAGAUUUGGUCAAUGUAGAAGGCACAAAAAUGAAAUUAUCCAGCAAACUGAUCAAGCACGCUGAAGAAAUGAAACGGCGCAGCCUUAUGCAGAAAGUACCCAAAGAUGCUUUUGGUAAAAAAAGGAAGAAAGGCCUGACAGAUUUGCAUUGUGACUACCUCAAAAAACCGUCAAAAUCGGCCAAUCGGCGUCGUACAGAUCCAGUUGUAGUCCUCUCAUCCAUCCUGGAAGCAAUCCUCAAUGAAAUGCGCGCCAUGCCUGACGUCCAACCUUUCCUAUUUCCAGUCAACCAAAAACUAGUUUUGGACUAUUACAAAAUCAUCCAACGUCCAAUGGACUUGCAAACGAUGCGAGAAAACCUCAGGCAGAAAAAGUACCAGAGCCGCGAAGAAUUUUUGGCCGAUGUUAAUCAAAUUAUGGAAAAUUCGACAUUGUACAACGGGCCUAAGAGUAGCUUUACAAUAGCGGCGACAAGGAUGCUGACUAGAUGUGUGGAGCGUUUGAGAGAGAAGGAAGACAGGCUGAUGAGGCUGGAAAGGGCCAUCAAUCCUUUGUUGGACAAUGAUCAAGUGGCCUUUACUUAUUUACUGGAGAAUAUUAUGAAUACUAAAUUGAAGGCCUUGUCUGAAUCGUGGCCUUUCCAUAAACCGGUCAAUAAGAAAAAUGUUAAGGAUUAUUAUACUAUUGUCAAGAGACCUAUGGAUUUAGAGACUAUUAGCAAGAAAAUUAUAAGUCACAGAUAUUAUAAUCGGCACGAUUUCCAAGCGGAUGUGGAACAAAUACUGGAAAAUUGCAUUUUGUAUAAUGGAAAAGAUUCGCCGUUUACGGAAAAGGCAGAGUUGCUGGUGCAGACUUGUAAAGCUGCUCUCGAUGAGUUUGAUGAACAUUUAACCGCUCUGGAAAACAAACUAACCUCGGAGCAAGAAAAAGCGGCCCAAGACGACGACAACUGGAUGGGAACCGACGAAGAAAGUUACCACAUGGACGCAAGUUCACCAGAACAUGCAACAUCCCCUGGCAAAAGUCAAGAGGAGGACUACGAUUUUGUGGAUGUUGAAGGCGACAUUCAACUAGAUGAACCUAUGCUCAUACCCAAACAGCCUAGGAAACGUUUCAAAAGUGAACAGGCAGAUACUUUGGAACAAGAUUUGUUGUUUUCCAGUGAAGAUGAGCUAGAUGAGGUGCCUCUGACUGAAUUUGAGCCUGAGCCAGAGCAAAAAGGGCUUUUAAUUUCUGCUGAAAUUCCUAUAGAGGAUGACAGUCAACAAGCUGCUGAAGCAAUGGUGCAGCUUGGUUCAAUGGGCUUCUAUCAGCAAGAAGAAUUAAACACACCUGAGACUUUAAUCUUUAAAGAAGAAAGUUUAGAUGUUGAUGUUGAUCCAAAUUACGAUCCUUCAGAUUUUCUUAUGUCUGGAUUAGCAUCUGUGCGUAAAGUAGAUGAUCCAGUUCAAGGCCAAGAAAUUAAAAUCCAUGACGAUUUGGCAGUGAGUGAAAGUGAGGAUGAAGAAAAUCAUCAGCAUUUGCAACAAGAACCGGAUAAUAUACCUGAAGAUGACGAUGGGGUUUGGUUUUAA